GUCGGCGAUGCGUCGGCGAUGCAGCGCGAUCAUCCGACCCCAUCUACAUGGAUCUGAUCGGGGAGGCCUCUGGUAAAGAAACACACGUUCAGGCUUUCGAAGUUCCGCGCCGAUCUCGUGGAUCGGAGCUGGGCCCCCCUUGUGGCCCCUCCAGCGCCGCCGCUGGCGCGCCCCGCGCGCCUUGGAUCGGAGGGCCUCAAAACGGUGUGGUGACCAUGCCGCGUGGUGAGUCAGCGGGGGUUCGGGGUCACCGCACGGUUUUCGGAUUCGGGUCGUUUUCCAGGGAUGUCGCGGGCGAUUGGGUCCUCGAAGGCUCCAAAGCCGUGCGGCGACGGUCCGUGCAGUGAGGUCCUUCGGGAUUUCGAGGCCACCGCGCGGUCUGUCACCACACGGCUUGGGACCCCCAACUGGCGGGGGGGUCCAGCGCAGAUCCAGGAGUCCCGCACGCAGUUCUGACAUUUCAUGCGUGUGCCGUUUCUUGUCCCUACAGGUACGCGGGCCGUUGCUUGUUCCUCUUGGUGUGCGUCGACGGCGGCCUCGACGAGGCCCGCGAGUGGGCCGCGACGAACGGCAUCGCUUGCUGCACGGUCGCUGCCGCGGACGAGGACGAGGAUUUGAUGGCGAAGCUCGGGGUGAGGGGCCUCCCGAACCAGGCGUUGAUCGCAGGCGACGGCGUCGUGCUCAAGAACUACGACCUGCAGCUUCCAGCGGACCUCGACACGAUGCUUGGAGGUGCGGCGUCAGAGCCGUCGGCCCCUCGGCCGACGCACCUCGCCGACGUGUCGGCUCGGUUCCGCGAGAUGGAGAAGGAGGAGCCCAUCCUCAAGGAGAACCCAAGUCGGUGGGUGAUGCUCCCAAUCCAGCACUCUGACAUUUGGGAAAUGUACAAAAAGCACGAAGCCUCGUUCUGGACUGCCGAAGAGAUCGACCUCGCGCAGGACAACAAGGACUGGGAGACGCUGACGACGUCCGAGCAGCAUUUUGUGAAGCACGUGCUAGCGUUCUUCGCAGCUUCCGACGGCAUCGUGCUGGAGAACUUGGCGGCGCAGUUCACCAACGAGGUGCAGUUGCCGGAGGCUCGUGCAUUCUAUGGUUUCCAGAUGGCCAUGGAGAACAUUCACUCGGAGACGUACUCGCUGCUGAUCGAGCAAUACAUCCGAGAUCCCGCCGAGAAGGCGAUGGUGUUCGACGCGAUUCACACCAUGCCGCCCAUCAGAGAGAAGGCAGAGUGGGCAGUGCAGUGGAUGAGCCCAGAUAAGACUAGCUUCGCCGAGCGCGUCAUCGCGUUUGCGGCCGUGGAGGGAAUUCUGUUCAGCGGGUCCUUCUGCGCGAUCUAUUGGCUCAAGAAGCGCGGCCUGAUGCCCGGUCUCACCUUCUCCAACGAGCUGAUCUCGCGCGACGAAGGCCUGCACACGGAGUUCGCGUGCCUCAUCUACAGCAAGUUGGAGAACAAGCUCCCAGUGGAGGUGGUCCAUGGCAUAAUCCGCGGCGCUGUGGAGACGGAGCGGCACUUCAUCUGCGAGGCGCUCUCUUGUGAUCUCAUCGGCAUGAACAGCGAGACGAUGACCCGUUACAUCGAGUUCGUGGCGGACCGCCUCCUGGUCGCGCUCGGCUAUUCGAAGUUGUACGGUGUCUCCAACCCCUUCGACUGGAUGGAGCUCAUCUCGCUCCAGGGCAAGACCAACUUCUUCGAGAAGCGCGUCGGCGACUACCAGAAAGCUGGCGUGAUGUCGUCGACGGCCGCGGGAGGCGAGGAGGCGAAGGGUUUCGCCCUGGACGUGGACUUCUGAGCAGCGCCUGGGGACGGCGCAGGGAGAAGGAGGCGUGACGGGUGACGAGCGGCCGAGGACCAGGACGACUGCUGACCUCGGAGGUUUGGCCGGCAGGGCGAGGACCCGAAGUCCUCCUGGCGGCCAGAUCGGCGGCGUCCCCCCGAAAAGGGGGAGCGGGAGCCCUGGGGCAAUGCCAAGGGCGUUGCACGCGUUUUCGCCCGACCUGCUCGGUGUGGGGUACCCAGCGACGGUCGAGAGGCAGAAAAACAAUUGAGGAACGACGAAGUUCCCGGCGGGAGGUAUCCCGCCCCUCUCGAGGGCGGUAUUGGGCAGCGACGCGGAGGCGCUCAGAUUGUGGGG